AUGAGGAAAGGUGACAAAGUCAAUCAUUUCACACCAACGCCGAGAUUACCACCAUUAAAGUUUUGUGUUCGAUUGACAACAGUCAUUGGAAUCACCGCUGGAAGGAAACAAAUGGUUCCUGGAAUAACUUUCAGCAUUCACGGUUCCAUAAUGGAAUGGAAGGCAGUGAUUUUUAUUUGGAGUUUAAUUCUGGUAAUAGCGGAAAGUAAGACAUGUCUAAAGAACGAGGUCAUCGGUCACCGUGAAGGAAAUAUUUACACGUGUGAUGACCCACUUAAACAACGAUGCUGUGAGGAAGGGACACAAUUUACUUGUUGUGAACCAGCUUUCGACGCUAAUUUGACUGGGCAGUUACAACUCUGGGGAACGGUGGCUUUAAUGAUACUAGUCAUGGCGUUUAUUUACCUCUAUUAUGCCAAAGAUCGGGAAGUAUUUAAAAGGGAAACUCUACAACUAGCUAUUGAUAAUUUUACAUCAAAAUUCAGAAAGGGAAAUAAAAAGUCAUUUUCUCAGCUGGAUGAAAGUGUGGACGAAUCGAAACACGACAGUGGAGGAAUCCCGGGAUUGCGGACAGAUACAGAGAAAUCCUUUCUCAAAACCUAA